AUGGGGGCUGAACCUGGCAAACAGGCCGAGAGCUACAGACACAAGCAGCCCAUCCGUGCCGGUCACAUCCUUGUUUUCGUGACCAAAGAGAGGGAAAUCGAGGAGAUGUUUGUCCGUCUGCGCAAACAACACCCAACCCAGCAGGUCAUUGCCAUGUACGCCUCUCUCCCCAAGGCUGACCGUGACGCGGUCACUCUUGGCUUUAACAAGCCGACCAUCAUCGUGAGCACGAAUAUUUGCGAAACUAGCGUCACGAUUCCCAGCGUUGAAUACGUCGAUGAGUGUGAGCUGAAGCUAGAGUCAGCUGUCGACCCUCGGCUGUCAAUGACCUCUCUACUACCAGUCGCGAUCCUGAAGGACUCUGCUCGUCAGCGGGCAGGCCGGGCAGGUCGCACGGCCGAUGGUGAGGUGUACAGGAUGUACAACAAGGAAACCCACGACCGCUACAUGCUCGACCAUGCACCCCGCAACUACGCCGUGACUGACUGUUUCAAGAUUCCGUGGCUUCUUGUCUUCGUAUACUGCAUUCGUCACUCGUCUGGUCAUUUCACUUCUGUUCAUUUUGGUGAGUGUCUGAUCCUCGCCCCGGCCCUGUACUCCGUCGCCAACAUUACGAAGAGGGCGAUGACAGGAGACAUCCUUGUUUUUAUGUCCGCGAUGGGGGACACCAACGUUCUCUGUGUUAUCCUGAAAGAGAAACAUGGUGAAAAGCUUCUUGUCGUCCCAUUGCACGCUCCACAAACUCCUGCCGAGCAGAAAAAGGCUACAUCUCGAUCUCAGCCUGACGGUUCAGUCCGAAAAUACGUCGUGGCAACCGACGUCGCUGAGGCCAGUCCCACCAUUCCUGGUAUUGUCUAUGACAUCGACACAGGAAUCGAGAAGCGUCCAGGAUACAACCCGAGGAUUGACAUGGAUAGUCUAACGACUUAUCAUAUAACUCAAGCCUCGGCAAUGCGGUCGCACUCAGCCCGGGGUUAUAUCUCUCUUCAAGGCGCAAUCACUGAGACGGGUCGCAUGGCUGCCAAGCUGCCCAUACACCCUAUGUGGUGGAAUGCCAUCGCCGAGGGGGCGCGUCUCGGCUGCACAAGCGAUAUCAUAAUGCUUGCCGCCGUCGGCAGUGUCCAGGGUAUGGACCAGUGGUGUUUGAACGCUUUCCUCGACGGCAAUAUCAUCGAAGAGAUUUUGCGGGCGCGCAGCCAGGUCAUCAAAGUCUACAACAAAAUGCCACAAAGCAACGCUCACGCCGCGACAUUCGAUGCCGAGUACGAGACCAAGGUCGCCAAGGCUCUUGCUAGGGACCUCUAUCACAACAUUGUCAUCCGCAAGGACGGUCAUGUUUAA